AUGUCAAAUGUACAAUUGCAGAUUAGAAUGCUGAUUUGCAGAUGUAUCAUAUCUCUUUUUGGAAUGUCAUUCAGGGCCCUGAAAUCUGCUGGUCAAAUUUGGCUGUUGUCAAACUUUGACUCACAAGAGGACAUAGCAUACCCAAAUGACCCCCGAGUUCCCAUCAAGGUUGAUGAUGACCUGAAAUUGUUAUUCCGGGGAAUUGAACUACCACGCGAUAUGAUUGACAUUGAGAAAGAUCUUCAGAAAAACGGAAUGAAGCCUGCCACAAACACUGCAAAGAGGAGGGCCAUGGCUCAGGUUCAUGGCAUUGGCUCAAAGCCCAAGCUGAAGAAGAAGAAGCAUGAAAUCAGCAAGAGGACUAAGCUGACUAAUGCUCACCUUCCAGAGCUAUUUAAGAACCUUAAUGUUCCCAGUUCUUGA